AACCACAGACAUGUCUCCACUGACAGGGAUCUUGUUUGGCAUUAUACUCGCUGUCUUUUUGAUUAUUCUGCGGUUGGUCAUUGUUGUAAAAAGUGACUCAACGUUCAGACCCGGAGCGAAAGGUCCCGUGUGUUCGCUUGUCGUCGCUGGAUCGGGAGGUCACACCACAGAGAUACUUCGUCUAGUGGACAGCCUGUCUCCGUCCUACAGCCCUCGACACUAUGUCAUCGCGAACACCGACAAGAUGAGCGAGGAGAAAAUCCGCACCUUCGAAAGCACAAAAGCACACGCAGACCCCGAGUCGAAGUUUACCAUCCAUCGGAUCCCGCGGAGCCGCGAAGUGUGCCAGUCUUGGAGGUCGUCCGUGGCGAGCACCCUGAACGCCCUGCUCUACUCUGUCCCCCUGGUCUUCAGACUUAAGCCAGACAUGGUGCUGUGCAACGGCCCAGGGACCUGCAUCCCCAUAUGUGCCGCAGGACUCCUACUCGGAAUUCUGGGAUUGAAGAAAGUCCUGAUUGUUUAUGUUGAGAGCAUAUGUCGAGUAGAGACUCUGUCACUCUCUGGAAAGAUCCUCUACCCGCUCUCCACCUACUUCUUUGUGCAGUGGGCAGCUCUGAGGGACAAAUACCCCAAAUCCAUUUUCCUUGGAAGAAUAGUUUGACCAUGUAUUUUUUCCCUUAAUGGUACAACAGGGAACAGUGUUUGGAAGGGAACAACGUAUUGAAAUUACUUUGCAAAAAAAACAAAACUUGUUAUUGUAGGGACUGUAAAGAAAGCAGCUUCUGCCAUGCAAGAGCUGUUCAAAAACAGGAAUCCAGAAAAACUUUCCGCAUAAGAGAACCUUCUUCACCUGGCAAGAGUCUGUGUAUGAAACCUACAGUUAAAUAAAUGUUCCUAGCAUUAGAUCAACUUGAUUUUCCAGUUUUCCAUAGAAACUUUGAAACAGUCACAUGGCAAGGUAAAGAAGAAAACAAACCAUGCUUGAAUGUCAAGGCCUUCAAAACGCUGGUCACGUGUCACAUGGACAUGUGAUAGUUGUCUCUUUUCGAGCAGGGUUGUAGUAAUGACGGGCAACAUAGCACAGUGUCGUCAGCAAAUAGCAAGGUGCUAAAGAAUUCCUGUCAGAAUGUUUUAUGUGCUCUUAAUUAUCACCCUUGCAUUAGAGAAAAGGUAGUAUUCCAUGAUGCUGGUGGUAUGUUGUUUCUGUUGGUCUGGUAACAUAUAUUUUGUUUGUAAAAGUCACCCGGGGGGGAGGGGGGUGCAGAUUGGGUGUAAAAUACAAAGCAUUGUUACCCCUCUGUUUAUGUUUCCUUUGUGAUCCAUGUCCUGUUCCUGGAUGUGGCUCAGUAGGCAGGAAGAACAUGGUCUAAAUGGAGGGCAAACUGUUUAAAACUGCACCAAUAAGAGAAGGAGGGGAAGAAAAGGGCAAAAGUUUGUGCUGUGGCCUGACAUCUGGGGCUAUUUAUAAGACUGCUCUCUGAGGAUCUGGGUAAGAAACCCACACACAUGCUGCAUCUGCCUCACAAUUUUACAAAGGUGCUGUAAACUUUUGGAAUACAGUGAGUGCCCCCCCUCCAUUUCUCCCCAAUUGUAUCCGGCGUAUUAUCCCACUCUUACGAGCCAUCUCAGUCGCUGCUCCACCACCUCUGCCGAUCUGGGGAGGGCUGCAGACUACCACAUGCCUUCUCCCGAUACAUGUGGAGUCGCCAGAAGCUUCUUUUCACCUGACAGUGAGGAGUUUCACCAGGGGGGCGUAGCCAGUUCCCCCUCCCCCCGAACAGGCGCCCCGACCGACCAGAGAAGGCGCUAGUACAGCGACCAGGACACAUACCCACAUCUGACUUCCCAUCCACAGACACAGCCAAUUGUGUCCGUAGGGACGCCCGACCAAGCCGGAGGUAACGCGGGGAUUUGAACUGGUGAUCCCUGUGUUGGUAGGCAAUGGAAUAGACCGCUAUGCUACCCGGAUGCCCUUGAAUGCAGUGGCUUUAGGGUGUAUUCACCCCCUCGUGCUUUUUCAAAGAUUUUUCCCUGUUGCACCUUCAGAUUUUAAUGCAUUGAGGGAUUUUUUUUCUUCACUUGAGACAAAUUAGAAGCAAAAAUACUUUAUUCAAUAACUUUGUUUAUUCAAAAAUGAGCAGAGUAAAGAAUUUCGGAUGUACAAAAACGUAUUCACCCCCAUGGAUUAAAUACCUUGAAGACAGGCCAGUGACAGUAGUUGCCACCACCAGUCUCCUCAGGUAUGUCUGUGUGAGCGUUGUACAAUAAGACUGGAAUUUUUGCCUAUUUCAUCAUCACAUACAUUUGUUCCAACUGUGCCAAA